AUGGCACCUGCAGCCCCAUUUAACCCUCCCUCAGCCAACCGGCCUGGCAAGCCUUUUGUGCCAGAAUGGGUCCCUCCCCCAGCCACAAAGGAAAAGCACAACUUUGCUAAACUCAAGUCAAUUGAUCUUUCGUUACUUGACUCGGAUGACCCUGCCGUCGUUGAUAACCUUAUCAAGCUAGUCAAAGUUGCUAUUCGCGAUGAUGGCUUUCUAUUCCUCGAAAACUAUGGAAUUUCCUUAGAGCAGCUCCACCAUCAAUUUGCUCUCGCACAGUAUCUAUACAAAAACAUUAGCGACGAGGACAAGGAGCGCCUUCUUUUCGACCCUGACACCGGUGUAUGGUCCGGUUACAAGCAUCCCUACGGAUUCAAGCGAGACCGUGGAAUCCCUGAUGGCAUCGAGCAAUUUAACUGGUACAAACCCGACUGGGCAGAUACUGGUCGUGUGCCAACGUGUCUGCACCCCUUCAUGGACGAGAUCGAGGAAUUUUGCAACUACCUUACAAAGUCUGUUAACCGACGACUCCUCACGCUCUUUUCACGCGUUCUAGAGUUGCCUGACGAUUAUCUAUGGGACAAUGUACAAUCACACGGUAGCCCAACUGGUGAAGGUUACUUCCGUCAUGCACUCUUUCGACCUGUGCAGAAACAAACCGAAGAGUUAGCCAAGGGCCUUCGUAUGCACGGCCACACAGACUUUGGCUUGACUACCUUGCUGUUUUCUGUUCCCAUCUCAUGUCUCCAAAUAUGGGGUCGCGACGAACAGUGGUAUUACGUGCCCUACAAACCCGGAGCGCUUGUCAUAAACAUUGGCGAUACCCUGGAGAUUGUCUCUGGAGGCCACUUCAAGGCCACUCGUCACCGCGUUUUCAAGCCUCCGGUCGAUCAAUUACACGAAGAGCGCCUCUCACUGGUGCUCUUCAACAGCUCCGUUGGCGAGUUGCGUAUGGCGCCUGCAGAAGAAUCUCCACUUAUCCAACGAGAGGGCUGCGUUGAGGAGCAAGGCGUCUACAAAGAGUUCAAGAACCUCACGGCCCAAGGCAAAAAUGUGCCCACCAAUCGUCAGUGGCGCGAGAUCCAGAUCUCUACAGCUACGGAUCCAACAGAUACGGUCCGUAACAGAGUCGGUGCUGAUCAAGUGGUUAUUGAUGGUAAGGUCGUGCAUCAACGAGAGUACAUGGGCGUAAAAGUCAUCCUUCCUGUCUAA